AUGGAUGUUGAAGAUGCGCAGCCCCUGAGUGAUGAUGCCAGGGAAGACACUGACGAGACAGUCCCGCCCGAUGAUGUCAUACAGGUGGACGAGACUUUGGCGCCAGAUGGUAUAGAAGAGGAAAUCAAUGACUUCAUCACCAUGCCAAGUCCGUCCCCUCCACCAUCAUGGGUCAAUAACAUGUUUGGUGGUGAUGAUAAUUUCAGCGAUGAUGAUCUAGAAUUCAACUUUGAUAUGGAUAAUAGGGAUGAUAUGAGGAAUUCUGCCCAAACCAAUGCUGUCACUUGUAUACAGGAAACAGAAGUUGACCCCAUGGACCAGGAAUACCAGAAAGGUCAGUCGGAGACAAAGGAAAGUCUUCCCCAGAAGUUUGAGGAAGAAUCAAUACCUGAGAAGCUGACACAUCAGCAGGAGACUACCCAAGAUCUCACAGAUACUUUGAAGUCACAUUAUGAUGUCAUGGUGAGAAUAUGUAACAUUGUGCAAGACCUCCCCACCUCUAAGUUGAUGGCACUUGCUGGACCUGUUUUCAAUGACUUGCAGAAAUUGAUUGAUGCGAGGAAAGAGAUGUUUCUUGUGCAUUCAAAGCUCAAACAAACAUCAGGCGAGCAACUUGUACAAGAAAUUAUUGCAGCAUCUUGCAGUGAUCACUUCCAACCAAAUGGAUAUAUACCUCGUGCUCAAAGUACCCCAGGCAAUCUAGUGAUGUGCAGCAAUAACCACAGAGUAACAAAUGGAAAUACAUAUAGUAGUGACCAAAAUGUGCCAUUGCAGACAGUUCCUCACGCCCAGAGCACUCCAAUUCAUCAAACUUCCAACUGUGAUAAAAAUUCAAGGAUGAAAAAGGGUUUUCCAUGA